AUGCCGACUACGAUGCUGGCGAAACGUUUGGGAAUGUAUCACGUCUACGGUUCAAAUUUGGAACUGAUCAUGCAGACCAUGGACUCCGCACUAGAUAUUAAUGAACAACUCCUUCCUCGCCGCCUUGAUCGUCUCUUGGCCACCGGCUACGUGACAACUCCACUUAGAUCGAGCUGUCCGACUUACUCUUCUCUUCCCUUUCCAAUGCUUGUUGAUGUUUUGCCUAGCCUCGCUUGUGUGGCUGCAUCAUCUUUUGCUAAGUAUGGUCAUCCUCCAUUCCACCUCUGGUCUCAGAUGAUCAAAGCUCAAGACUACAGACUGACUUGCCUGGUCGCUGCUAUGUCAGACCUGAUCACUGCUGAAAUUUUGUUCUAUCGCAAACAUAAAGCGUUACGGACCAAAAUAUGUACACAAGAGGUGCCUAAAAUGUUUUUUAAUUCGUGGAAGUUGAUUACAGACAGGCCUUCUCUUGUCAAUAUAACGGAGUCUCUAGAAUCUCUGUUUAUCCUGUCAACUGACCCAUUAUUCUCGGCCUCUGAAAUUAGAAGCUCUCAAUAUGAUUCUUCCGGCUUUGCAAUCCGGCUUGAUAAGCUUCAUUCCUUUUGUAUAAAUCUGGUAUCCAGCCUCUUCGUCUUUGGCCGAUAUCCUUACAGCGAACUAAACAAUCCUGACUCUCAUUUUACGAGUGGCCGACUCGUGAGUGAACCUAACACUGCUCUUCUAUUUUCUCGUCAUCUUAUCCGCCACUUGGCUGCACUUCUGGUGGUUACUCUUCCUCCACCUCCGUAUUCUACUGCAGAUAAACCUGCUCCAACCAAGAUUCCACUUAUUCGUCCCUUAAUCAUUCGUAUACUGCAUACUGCGUUGGCUCAAGCCCAUGACCGCCUAUCAACUCAUCUGAUACUUGCGACGAGCUCCUCCAGCACUCAGGGUCCGGAGGUCUGGUCAGUCCAGCUUGCUCGCUUCCUGGGUCACUUUUCUCGACUAUUGUAUGCUGCUUCCUGUCAACCUAUCGUCUUUCCUGAGCCAGGCGAUUCUGUGAAGAUUGGAGGGGCGAUAGACUUAGCUGGUUCUUUUUCGCCUAGUAUUUCAAGUUCCCAUGAUCAAUUUAUAUCGGCUCUAGCUUCCUUUUCUAUGACGCCCGCAGAUUUGUUGGUGCUUCUACGAGCUAUUUUGCCCAGUUGUCUUCUAGGCGACCCUGGCCUUACAUUUCAUUUGCAACCGAACCGGGAUUCACUACCACUCGAUUCUCAAAUCUAUCCUCUCUCACCUCGCCUCCUGAAUAACUCAAUAGCCGACUUCCUUAUCAUUGGUCUAGUGGUUGACCUGAUGCGCGCUGCAUUUGCCCUCUUUGUUGAUACUUCACUAGAAUGUACGGUUUCAGGAAAAAAUGAUCGAGCCUCGAUCGUUGAAUUCCUGCUAAAUUUUCUUGCUCAUCCAAAUAAAAACGUGAGUUUAUUCCAUAGGGUUAUCCUGUGCUUUUUGGGUUUGCUAAAAUGCUUGAAUCUUUAA